UGACGUUUGCUGACGGCCGAUCAUAUCAUCAGGUGUUUUGUUGUGUUUGUUGUUUAGCAACCAACGAACAGUAAACAAUAAAAUUAUUCAUCAAAAUGAUGGACUGGGCGGAAGACUUUAAAUUUUUGAAGAAGUCAGCAAAGAAAGGCCGUCGGGCUGGAAACAGUUCGUCGACGGCAACAACAUCGGUCACUUCACCAACGCUGGAAUCACUAACAAUAAAUGAUAAGCCAGAUAGUGGAGGUACGUCGUCAUCAAGUAACAAUAUGAAUGUAACAUCGGAUGAACGGAAUGCAGAUGACGUUGACGAAUACAUCAGAUCGCAGAGAGUGAGACGAACUGGUGGAUGGGCGGAUGAAGGAGUCAAAUCCCCAAAAUCGGCGACCAACGUAAUCGAACAAGAACGAUUCAGUUCCAUCACCAAUACGACCCAUUUCUCUGACGAUGACAUUCCAAUCAUACCAGAUCUCGAUGAUGUGCAGGACGACUUACUCAUGAGCGAUUUGGUUGAAGCUCCAAUUUUGGCAGAAAAUCGAACUGCUACGUACAAAGAGCUGAAUUCCGAUUUGAUGAAACAGGCCGCAUUCACUGCAAUGGAGGAUGUUGAUUUGUCGAUAUUGGGUCGAUGUUUACAAAACGAUCUCGCCGAACCGGACGAGGAAUGGAAUUGGGAUAAAUUGUUCACAGAAAUAUCGUCGGAUAUUCAUGCGGAUAAGCCGAAAAGUGCCGAGGGUCCGGCUACGCAAUAUGUGAAUUAAGAAAGAAACGUUCGUAGAGUGCUGUUUCCAUCAAAUUUGUUCCGCGAAUGAAAUCUACAGCUACGAUAUUGGUCAUCGAUCCCCAUUCUUCAAUGUACCAUCGUGAUAUGUGUCGAUUCGCUUGAUCGGCCAUUCGACGCAAUCCUGAAAUUAGACAUUGCACCAAAUGAAAUCCUGUUGGAAUGAAUCUCAAAUUUAAUGAAAUAAAUGUACCGCCAAAUCGAUCGGUUAACACA